GCAGAAGCGCGGCGCGCGGCGUUUGGCUUCCAUAGUACGCCAUCCCUCCCGCGGGCGUUUGGCUUCCAUAGUACGCCAUCCCUCCCGCGGUGCUUCCCUCUCUCCACUACACGGACACUCAUCAUCUCUCUUCUUCCGCUCCCCCAAUCUGCCGUCGCAUUCGCAGCACACCACAAAACCCCAAAUCGGAUGUCCCCUUGCGCGCUUCGAUCAAUGGCGGCGGCGGAUUAGUGCCGAAGCUAAGACGCGAAGCCCUGCAAGUUUCUGGCCUUCCUCCCCUCGAAAGGAGUUUUGGUGUAUACAUCACCCAACCAUUUGAAUCUGAGAAGUUUUCUGCACUCAGUAUCAAGUUCAGGUUGUCUUAGCAAUUUGACAGUCAGAUCAAGAUCAGUCUGGUGUUGGUAAUGCUGUUUACAGUUUUGAGUUUAUAACUCCAUAACAGGUGCUUGCCUAUCUAUGUUCAGUCAUCACAGCAUGGGCAUAACAAGUACCGCAGGAGUUCAGGGAGGGUUAGAUUACCUUAAUUCGCAGGAGCCUGGCGAUGCAUCACAGGCCACUGCUAUUGAUAUUGUGGACAGGCUGCUCGUAGAAGAUGAUAUAGAAACUUCUCAGAAAAUAAGCACUGACCAGAUUAGUAGGACAAAGUCAAUGUGUACAUUAGGCACAAAAGUAGCUCAGUGCCUGGCCAAAAGGAGCCGUCUCCUGAAGGCACGUAUUUUCGACUGGGUUAAUACUCCCAAUAAUGAUGAAUGCGAUGCCAGUAUAAUUUCCAGGAAAAAGCAAAGGAUCCAUACUAACACUCAAGUGAAACAUUUGGCCUCCCAGAGAUAUGGUGGCUGUGGGUCAGGUACCAAGGUUGGGUUCAUACCAGAAUGUAUAGAUGAUGACUCAGGCGUGAAUCCUUUUAAGAAGUCAGAACCAGUUGGUUCUACUGAUGAUUUAUAUGAAGCGUAUUAUAUUGGGCCAAAUACUCAAAUGGCAGCUGAAGCCAUGGAAGCUUUGUCAAAUGCAUCAACUGCCAAUUAUGUUGUCAGGGAGAACGCACAUUCUGAAAGUUCUAUUCCCAGAAGAAAUUUGGGAAAAGAAAGCAAAGGGGAUAAGAUAUGUUCAGUUGAAUCACCGAUUCAAAAGCUAAUUGGUGGAAGUUCAAGCUCUUUGACAAAGCAUCCCAGCAAGUCAGAAAAUAGGACGAAUCCAAAGCAAGUGGCAGGGAAAGCAAAAAGAAGCAUGGACAGUGGGAUUAUACAAGGAGCCAUAAAUCAUGAGGUGUCAGAAGAAAUCAUGGGAUCUGGUGCAGAUGACUCAAAUAUUCUAGGUUCAGAUGCUGUAAUCCAUCCUAAAAGGAAGAGAACAUAUAUGUUUAUUUCAAGAAGCUCGAAAGUUCAAUUCAAUAAAGCUAGCAGUAGCAGGUCAACGACACUUACAACCACAAGUUUAGAAGUAGCAGACUCAUCAACAGCUAAAACAGUUAGCAUAUCUGACCCUGAUUUCUACCAGCUUGCUCGACUGGAAAAACAAUCCACGUCUGUACAGAAAGAUCACAACUCUAGUUUGACAUGCAGAGUACCACUGAGAGAGCUAAAUAGCACAGGCCCCCAAUCUAGGGCACAUAUAUCGGAGAAGCCACCGAAGAAAGGCCUUCUGAAAUCACCAGGUUCCAGAGAACUUGCCAGUCUGUUUAGAAAUGAAGAAUCCCCAGUUUUGCCAUCGAGCAGGCGAAGAAGAAACAUGUCCAAAGUCUGUGUUCUGUUCAGCCGAAGCAUGGACAAGGAAACCAUCAAACUGCAAACUAAGAUAUUGAUACACUUUGGACUACCUGUGGCGACGACUAUUUCAGUGGCUACACACUUUGUUGCUGAAAAGUUUGCUCGUACAAGGAACAUGCUGGAAGCAAUAGCCAUGGGAAUACCUAUAGUUACACCAUCAUGGCUUGAAUGCUGUGGAGAAGCAAGGUGCUUCAUUGAUGAAAAGAAAUACAUUAUGAGGGAUAUGAAGAAGGAAAAGGAGCUAGGCUUUAGCAUGCCUGUCUCACUAAGCCGAGCCUGCAAAAAACCAUUGCUCGAGGGUAGAAGAGUACUAAUCACACCAAAUGCCAAGCCUAGCAAGGAUCUUCUGAAAAGUUUAGUGGUGGCUGCUCAUGGUCAGCCGGUGGAGAGAAUCUCAUCCUCCAUGAUGAAGAACAAGAAUCUUGAAGGGGCCUUUGUAAUCUCUUGUCAAGAAGACCACAUGAUCUGUAUUCCAUUAAUUAAAAUUGGUUUCGAAGUGUUUGACUCGGAGCUUUUGCUGAAUGGUAUUGUCACUCAGAAGCUAGAGUUCAAAAGGUAUCGCCUUUUCCGUGAAAAAACCAUGUGAGCAAGAUCUGGAUAGGUUAGGUACCAUGCAAGACGAGCAAAGCACUCGUGUACAUAUAUGCUUAUCUUCCUCUAGUAACUCGUAUUACCCCCUGCACACUCUUGCAUGUAUUUAUCGUUCCAGCCUCUGGCCCUCCGCAUGAUCAUGUGCGCUCUAUUGGCUCUAGGCACACGCUAUGUGAGAUUUUGGAAUGCUUUUGUUGUGUAGGGGUGUGACCCUGGGAUGGUAUUACUUUGCAUGGUUUGGAUAUAUCAUUCCGUUAACAAGUUUC